AGGAGAUGAUGAAGAGGCUGGCUGAGCGGAGGAGAGGCGGGAAGAGGGCCCUCGCCUAAGGCACGGAUCCGCAGCAGCCCCCGAGGCAGCACACAUCCUGGCUCCCUGACAUCCCCCCCAGGCCAGGAUGGGGCAGCAGUUCAGCUGGGAGGAGGUGGAGGCGGCCGGCGAAAUGGACUUGGCCGAGCUCCAGGAGUGGUACAAGAAGUUCGUGGUGGAGUGCCCCAGCGGCUCUCUCUUCCUGCACGAGUUUAAGCGCUUCUUCAAGGUCACAGGCAACGAGGAGGCCACCCAGUAUGUAGAGGGCAUGUUCCAAGCCUUCGACAAGAAUGGGGACAACACCAUCGACUUCCUGGAGUAUGUGGCAGCUCUGAACCUCGUGCUGAGGGGCACCCUGGAGCACAAGCUCAAGUGGACCUUCAAGAUCUACGACAAGGACCGCAACGGCUGCAUCGACCGCCUGGAGCUGUUGGACAUCGUGGGGGCCAUCUACAGACUGAAGAAAGCCUGCAGGGUGGAGAUGGAGUCUGAGCAGCAUGGAGAGCUGCUCACACCCGAGGAGGUGGUGGACAGGAUCUUCCUUCUGGUGGAUGAGAACGGAGAUGGCCAGCUGUCUCUGAAUGAGCUCAUCGAAGGUGCCCGCCGUGACAAGUGGGUGAUGAAGAUGCUGCAGUUGGACGUGAAUCCCGGUGCCUGGAUCUCUCAGCAAAGGCGGAAAAGUGCCAUGUUCUGAGGGGUCUGGGGUCCUGGGAGCCCAGUUCGAGUCCACAGGCCCCUCCAAGCCUCCAGGCUCUCCAGGUUUCCAGAAUAGUGAGAGGGUCCCUGGCUCAGCCUGCUUGUGCCCACUCUUCUCUGGCACCCCCUAUGAAAG